GAAUGACGAGUCACCACAGCCAUUGUCGCUAUAAUAAAUAUCGAAAUAAAUAGAAUGUGGAAGAAUUACAUAUUGAUUAUUCGCUAAUAUUUGGUGUUCAAGUGCAUAUGUUCAAAUUACCGAAUUUAGAAGUAGGUGUAUGAGGGCAACGGUGGGUACAUAGUGCUAAGGCAAAUGAGACGCAAUUUUUUGGAGAUGCUUCUGCAGGAGCAACCAACGGCACUACUAUACGGUCCAAGGAAACAAGAAUGCGUGUCAAGUAGAGGGAAAUAACGAAAAGAUGACAUCUUUGUCAAUUACACGUUUUGUAUAUGAGCAUCCGAACUAGCCAACAAUAAUUUCAGUGCAAAUAAUCGAAAUAUUGGUAUCGAGUGGGCAAACAAAUUCGUAAAAAUUAUCAAUCAAUAUGGAACAAGGAUUCAGUUCUGGAGGCUCAAAUGCCUCCGGCGAUAGUGUCGGAGGUUUUGGUCGUAAUAAUGCUGUUGGCAAUGCCAGUGAAGGAAAUGGAAGCGUUGGAGAUAUUAUUUAUAACAAGAAUAUCACACACAAAAAUAGUGCCAACGGCAACGGGCUUACACCAGAAGUAAAGGAGAUCUAUCGAUCUCUUUAUAUUGUUGCCAAAAACCUGGACGAUGAGAAAAAACACAUCACCACUAUAUCACAACUAUUCCAACAUGAACUGGAGGAGAAACGUGCGCAGCUGGUCCAGCUCUGUAAGAAGAUCGUCUUCAAGGACUAUCAAUCAGUGGGUAAAAAAGCACGUGAAAUCAUGUGGCGCAAAGGAUACUAUGAAUUCAUUGCUUACGUAAAGAAAAAUUGGCACAAAGAAUUAAAGGACACCACACAGGCGGGAAACCAGGACAAUUUGAUAAAAGUGGAGCGCUUUCUUUGCGCUGGUAUAUCAAAUUAUAAACGCAUGGCCGCUAAAAUGGAGGAAAUCUAUGAUCUUGAUCUGAAAUAUCUAAUUGACUUUAGUAUCAUUAGUGACGGAUACAUGCGUGAAAUAGAACAGAGUUCGUCACGCGAUGGCUGUGGCGGUGGAGACAUUAGUGCUGCACAGGCGGUAGAUAAAAGUUUGGAAGCGGUCUCUUUUGCUUUGGACACGAUACAUUCGGCCCUCUUGAGCUUAGGCGAUUUGCACCGAUAUUUUUUGGAUUUUCGCAUUGAUACCCGUCUCAAGGUCACCAAACAACAGGCAGCCAAGUACUAUUUCGAAGCGUUUAAAUUGAAUCCAGCAAUUGGAAUGUCGCAGAAUCAAUUGGGUACGCUGUAUUAUGGCCAGAAUCAUGACUUGGACUCCAUCUAUCAUUAUUUGUACUCAUUGGUUAGCAUUGUUCCCUUCGAGUUGAGUGAAAACAAUGUUUGUAAACUAUUUGCCGCUCAUGCUGAGUACUUGGAAAAAUUGGAGCCAGAAAAGAUUGAAUUUAGCUUACAAGAUUUCUACGCGCGCUUCUAUUUGAUCGUAGAUAUAUUUUUCUUCGAUAAAGAAGUGCCCGAUUUUAAUUCACUCUGCCACUGCGUACUAGUAGACCUUCGCAAAGUGCUCUGCUCGAAAGCAUUCACAUUGGAGGAGGGUUGCAUUUUCAAGAUAGUCUCGAUACUCUUCUUUUGCUUAUCGAAGCUAAAAAUGAUUAAUUCGCAGAAGGUUUACUCCUUGAAUGCUUUUCUUGUGGCCGUGUGUUCCGAUUUAAUGGACGCAUGCAUUGUAAAUUUGGAACAAAACAUUUUAGCAAAAUCAACUGAGAAUGAGGAAUUUCACGGCAUGUACGCGGAUAAAUUUGAGGAGUUUAAUAUGGUUGUCCGCAAGUCGCGUAACGAAUACAAAAAUUGGCUUGUUAAUAUCGGUGAAGCCGAUAGAAAAGAUAAGAAGUCUGCCGCUAAACCGUCAUUAAAAGAAUUCUCAUCUGAUUCACGCGAAAGUCAACGCUCUAAUGAUGACUAUGUUAUCAAAACUCAGGACAGUCACAAACAUGCUAAAAUAGAUGGUGGAGCAGAUAAAAAUGGAGAUCCGAUAUCCACACGUUCGAGCGACGAGGCCAAAGAGAGCGAUCUAAAAACUCCACUAUCAUGCAAAAGCAAGAAGAAAGGAAUGAAAUUGCGUCGACGUAGGCGCAAGAUUGCGCAAUCCGAUGACAGUUCGUGCUAUGACACUGAAAGUGACAUGGAUACCGAUUUUAGUACGGACGAUGAGGAUUACACUGAUCUGAGUUCGAAUUUUGAUACUGAUUUCAGCGAUAUUGAAGCAGAGCCUGUAGCUGAUGAACGGGACGAUGCCGAUGAAGCAGAUUUUGCUAAGCAUCCUGCUAAAUCUGAGUCGCAGGAGCAAAAUGCACCUCGUCUAUCUUCUGCACCUUCCAAGGAAAGUCUCACUUCAAACGAUGGCGUUGGCCCGACUUUCUCCGACAACGAGGAUGUUGUUAUCGAGGAAGAGAAAAUUAUUUAUCCCAAUGAGCCGUCAGGACAGCUGACGAAACAACGCACUGACUCACAAGAAGUCGACAGCGAGGAAUUGCUGCGCAGUUUCGAAGUGUUGCAGCUGAAUAGUGGCUCACUUAAUUUCAGGAAUACAGACAAUGAAGAAUCACUGCCCCCUGUUGCCGAACACAAUGAAAAGCACCAGUAUGUGGACGAUGGUAAUUUGAAUCGCGGCGAACCGCCAAAGAAACUAGUUUACCGAAACAAGUACACUAAAAUAAAUCCAAAUAUUAUUGUUGAAUUUGCCCGUCACGAGCCCACUAUGCGUGCAUUAAAAAUUCUUUACGAUUGGCUACGCAUUAAUCAUGAAAUACUUUUCGGCUGCUAUCACUCUAAUCCAGAGUUCAUUCACAAAAUUAUGAAAUUGCUUAACUACUGCAAUAUCGAUAUAUUCACUCGGAAAGUGUAUUUCGAACGCGAGUUUUUGACGACAGCCAAUGUGCGAACCCAACUUGGCGAUCUAUUUGAUGUUCGCGCCAAUGUACCAUUAGCCGAGGAUUUUGUUUUCAAAAAUUUCGACAUUUUCCAAGGCACUCAACUUACGCUAGAUUGGGAGACGACCAUACGCGAGCACGUUACACCCGAAGAGGAGUGUAUUUUACGUAUUUUCAAAAUGGUUGAUUUUGGAUUCUUCAUCUGCAAGCAAAAGAAAUUUAAUUAUCGUUUUUGCGUGAAAACACGUCGUUUUACCGAAAAUGCCAAGAAAAAACGUGAAGAAAAGAAAUCGUCUUCACGCCGUCGUGAGCGACGCACUAUGAAAAAUGCUACGCGCAAGCGUGCUGAAGGCCGCACCCGUCGCUACUCGGAUCGCAAGAAUGGCAUCGUACGCAAGAGCUAUACCAGCAAUGAAGAAAAGGACACCGUUGAGGAAUGCAAGAAAGUGCCACGCAAAGGCUAUUUACGUAAUCGCAAUAUAGAAAAAUCGGUGAAUAGCGGGAAUUCAGGCGGCGCUGGUGGUGGCGGCGGCGGAGGCACAUCUGCUUCCACGACCACAAAUAGCGCCGUAUGUGACAAAGUUUUGAUGCAAUCGAGUAGCGGUGCUGAUGAAGAGCGUUCGGAAGCAAUGUCGAAGAAAUGUGAAAUUAUGGGCAAGCUGUGGCUGAAGAAUGAGGUCGAAACACUUGAGGAGGAGUUACGCAAAAACCCCUUGAAUAUUAUCAUGACCCCAUUUCUUGUUGUCGAUGCCAAGGCUUUGACUGAGUACAAUGGCAUUGUUAAAAAUCUGGUGAAAACUAAAAAAUUUAUCGUACUCAUACCAAACGCAGUCUUGAAUGAGUUGGACGAUCUGAAGAAGCGCAGCGAAAACGCUCGCAAUGUCAUACGCUGGUUGGAACAGGAGUUUAAGCAUGGAAAUCGUCAUUUGCGCGCACAGCGUGACAAUGAAAAUUUGACCCUAUCGUUGCUGAAAAUUCCCAGGAAGUUAGAUCGCGACGCCGGCGUCUUCCUGCAGAUUGCACAAUUUUGUAAUCAUCUCGUUGCCAAUCAUUCUGAUCCCAAAUCGACCGAAUUCCAAACCAAUGUUGUUACCUACUUAUCUGGCGAUUCACUUUAUGAGAAACAGCGUCAUCAAACGAAUUUCAGUUUCACUGGCAUUUUAGAUGCCAUACCAGUACGUUAUGAGCAAAUUUCCAAUUUCUAUGCGAAAUUCAAGGCGAACAAAAAAUGAACUCAUAUACGCUGCAGGAGCAACGCCUGCGUGGAGCGUUUUGUGUGAACUCGGGAUCAUAAAAACAAAUGAAGAGAUGAUGAUUACAAAAUGAGAUGAAGAAAAACAAGAGCUUAUGGAGGACGAAAGAUCUAUGAAAAUGAAAAAAAAUCUAAAAUCAAAUUCAAAACCAAAAAAAAAACACCGAAACAAUUUCAAAACGUGAAUGCUGAGUGCGCGGCGGUGCGGCGUUAACGUCAUUAACAACGGCGGUAGUAUUAGCACCAGCAGCAGCUGUAGCGGUAUCAGCAGCAACAACAAAAAAACAACAUCAACAACAAUUUCAAAACUAACUGCAAAUGCGUAAUAGCAGUUUAAGAAAAUCCUUGAAAGAAACAACUACAACAAGUUUAUUUGAAAACCCACAACAACGAUGAAGAGGAGGAAGCUGAAGAUGACGAUAAUGAUGGUUACGACCGGCAUAGAGGGUGUGCCGUUGAUGUUAAAGAAUAGGAAGAAAUCUAAUGUUUCCGCCUGCAGCAUCCAACACUGCAUUCAAACAAAUCAUAGUUACAUGGGUGGUAGCGAUGCUUAAAAUACGUAUUAUUUUCGCCGGUGAUAGCAGCGUGUUAGCGAUGUGAAACGAGUGUAUAACUCAGUGAGUUUGCUUCAAUAUUGCCAGCCUUAUGUUAGGCAGGCAAUUUUAAUACCAAUACUUAAGAGCAGAAAGAAAAAAUUAUUAAAAAAAUAGUAUGCAGUAUGUACAAUCAAAUUCCAUUGCACGAUCUAAAAGGCAGACGCGUUUCUAAUAUGGCCAAUAGAGUUGCAAGUAGGCAAAAAUUUUAAAUUAUUUACAAAACUGUAUUUACUUAUUGGUCACUUAUUUUAGGCCUUUCCAGCGCUUCGUUAAUUUAAAAUUCUAAAGACCAAAUAGUUUGCAUUUAUCACCUCGUAAAAAUACUAAAAUAACAGCAAUAGCAGAAUCCCUAAUAAAUUCUCGAGUGUGGUUAUCCCUAUGCCGCCUAGUCCAGUACAGUGCUUCGUUAAUUUAAAAUUCUAAAGAUCAAAUAGUUUGCAUUUAUCACCUCGUAAAAAUCCUUAAAUAACAGCAAUAACAGAAUCCCUAACAAAUUCUCGAGUGUGGUUAUCCCUUUGCCUAGUCCUCAUUUCAAUAAGAAGCAAGCACUCAGCUCUUAACCAAAUACGACACUCGCUUAUGCUGCAUAUUUUAUAACGAAAAAAUUUAGAUGACAAUCUAUUUCAAAACCAUAGUUCUUUUGGCUCGCUGUACAUCGCUCGUAAGAAUCGUGCUACCGAUUGUCAAAGUUUUCGUCACUUGCACAAGUAUUUGUGUCACUAUGUUAGCACGCACGUUAUUGCGUUGGUAGUUUUGUUUGCAACAGUUUCCGAUGCUAAAAAACUUCUUUUCGAAUAUCAUCGAGCAAGACACCUAUCAUUCGCUAAUAAAAUAACGAAAAAACAUCUAUGGGGUGGAAUGCUUACCGAUUUCGUGAGGCGUAAUAAAAAGUUUUUGAUAAUAAUUUGAAAAUGUGAAUGCUGGAACAGGUUUUUUCGAUAGCAUCUUCGGAAAAAAACAAAGCGUUUCUGUCAAAGCUUUAGACAUCCUGCUUGUUUGUACAGCUGCAAUUUAUCAAGAUGCAUAAACAUUAUUUUCCAAGUGUAGCGUAAGUGUGUGCAUCAGUACAAUACUGAACAUGUAUUUUGUUAUAACAUACGACGAGUUGAACACUAUAUACGUAUAUAUAUAUGUAUAAAUGCAUUACGUUGUAACGCAAUACAAAAGAAAAUUACAUUGUUUUUAAAUGUCGCACCUGUCAUGUUGUUUCAUGGGCUAAAGGAAAGGUUUAUAGAAACUCAAAACUUCGUAGACGUUUUUUCCAUGAUAUUCAUAAGCAACCAGAGACAAAUAAUGACAUACAUACCUCUUCAUGUAAUACGGUGGUGAAUUUGAAUAAAACACUUAUGUAUUUUCAAUUUUCUUUUGUACGACGUCACGCUUUAGAUUAUUUUAGUAAUUCUUAUAAUUUUCAGUAUAUGUAGUUACAAGGUAUAUUUGUACAUAUCGCUUAUUUACUUCAAUAGUGUCAUACCUCCAAAAAGCAAAACUCGAGAUAAACGGCUUUAAAGUCUUGAAUUUACAUAUACUCCCAUAGUACAUGUGAAUACUUAUUUUUUUUCAAGUGAGAUACUGGUAAUCGAUACAGCCAUUGAAAGUUUUACACAACAUAUAAAAGAGGUAGCGGUAACUAAAUUUUUGUAUUUUUUUUUGGUUAUGACACUAUUGAAGUAAAUGAGCGAUACGUAUCUCUGGUGUCAGGUAUAGAAAUUAUAACUCCAUUUUUGCUUUUUUUUAGUUUUUAAUUAAAGUAAAAUAAAUGUGUGCUUAGAUGUAAGAAGUAGCACUUGCUAUAACAUCCCAUUUCUAUGUACAAUAAUUCUUGUUUAUGAAGUCCAAAAAUGUAUUCCCCCGGCGUUUAUAAUUAGGGCUAUCACCGAAUCCAUCGUAGAACGAUUUUUCGUGAAACCUACGAAAAUGCUACCACUGAAUACACAGGUUCGUAUCAAUUCGGUUUCAGAGAUCGCAUUUUUGUAGAUUUCGCGAUAUAUCGCAUUACGAUGGGUGCUGUGAUAGCCCCCAAUGUUUCAUCACAAAUGCGAAUGGCACUUCCUUGAACUAAAGUUAUGAUUUUCUUACCAGUCACCACAGAAAAAGUUAUGUUUUUCCUACCUGACACCACAGCUAUGUCAAGCACGCAGAUUUUUCGGCAACCGUCAUCAAGCAGUUUUUUGCCAUUUCACCAAGAAUGGCAUCUUUUUAAGAGACUACGUUCAGUUCUUAAUAAAAAAAUUACUACAUACUUCAUGAUUUCAGUCACAAGUAGCCUAUAUGUUUAUCUCUACCAUCUGGUUCUUUUUUAACAUCACACAUUUAUCUCUUCUGAAAAAAAUUCACUUUGGCCGGAUAAAAUUCAUUUAUUUUAAAUACAUAUGUUACUUCAAUAUUUCCUGUUCACUAGUAGUUUGAAGCGGACAUAUUUAGUGCCUUUGGAAAAAAAAAACCUUGAUCGCUGAAUAUUGUUCAGUGCAAAUAAGCAUAAUGAAGAGAAAUUCCACUUGACGGUUGCCUAAACAGUUUUUGCAUGGACACACAUAAAUAUAAAUAGCCUCCAGUAAUUUAUGAAGGUGUGCAUUAAAGCAUUGAGCGGAAAUCAGCGUGGGUUUUGCAAAAUUUCACGUUGAAGCUUUCCAAAAAAACAUGCAAUAAGAUUUUUAAAUUCGUUGUUUUUCAGCUACCAUAAAAUAGUUCCCUUUUUGCAGCCUCUCAAUAUUUAGGAUUUUCAAAAGUAAUUGCCAACAAUGAAAAUAUAGUAGCGAAAUAUUUAAAUAAUUAAACCUCUUCCGCAUCACUUCAAAUCCGCCUACUGAUUUCUGCACACUGCUUUUAAUGAAACUUUAUUGGUUCAACACAGUUCAGAAUAGGUCUGUUAAUGUAACAUUUAAUUUUAUUACAAGAAAAAACAGCAACAACAAAGCAGAAAUAUAAACGUAACCAUAACCAUAUCGGAACCAUAAUUUCAAACCAUAAUUAUUAGUCAUUAACUUAUGUUAAUCAUAAUCAUAGUCAGCAUUAACUUUCUUUUAAAGAUACACAUUUGCCCUCACCUUCGUUGUUUUGCAUUACAAAAGAAAAAUCUUGAAAUAAGAUAUAAAUUUCCACGAAAGCUCUGCAAGUUGGUGUAGCUGCUUUCACAAAAGCUUUAAAGCUCACCGUCAAACCUUGGCCACUUGUAGGGCGUAUCCCUCUAGUGCGCAUAACUUGCACCUAUACUGAUCUUUUCGCUUCAAGUCACUAUCGGUUUUAUAAUUAUUAUUAUAUUUAUAUUAAUAUCACACAAAUUAAGGAUUACACUUUAUAACUUUGUAGCUUAUUCAUGAAUUACAAAUCGGUUCGUAUUCCGUUUGUAAACGUGAAAAGCGUUUUCAUAAUAAUAUUAAAAAAUCUUUAAUCCCUUGAUUUUUCUCUUUAUUGAAAUAUAUAUAUAAAUAAUUUUCCCAUCUGUCCGCUUAAUCACUUUAAUAUUAAUAAAAAAAAAAAUAAAAAUGCUUGUCGGGCUUAAAAAAACACAAACAAGUACACAUGCAGACUAAAUAUUUGUUAGUUUCUAAAUUAGAAAUAAUUCAAUUCUAAUUUGUUUUAUUUACAUACAUCUCAAUCAUAUGUUUUAUCUUAAAACUUUUAGCUCGUAAAAUAUUUCGAACAAAUUGUACAAAUUUUCAUUCAAUCACCUUCGUUACCUACAAUUUUUUAUCCAAAUUUGUAAAAUUUCUAGCACUUGUAAACUAAUUUAUUACAAUAGCAGUUUCAAUAAAGCUCGACAGCAAAUAAAAAAACA